AUGGCGCGAACUUCAAGCAGCCGUGUGUCCAAGACAGCCCCCAGUGCUGCCGCUGAGUACGAUGACUACGAGAUGACCUCCACGGCCGGGGCUGCAGCAAGUGGGCGCGAGACGGACAAGAGCGUAGGCCUGACGGCCGCCGGCUUCCAAGAAAGCUCCGGCCCCGUCGGGGACCUACAGCAGAGUCUCUCGCAAUGGGAUCCUGCCCUCCCCGAGGAGUACGACGCGCGACCAGGCGCCCGGCGGGAUAGCGUGGCCGACGACGAGCUCGCCAUGGACAAGGAGGACGAGGAGGACUCUCCUUAUGCCGAAGUCCGCUCCGCCGUUCGAAAUUACGACGAGGACGCACCUUGCAACACCAUACGAGCCUGGACGAUCGGCUUGCUCCUUGUCGUCCUCGGUGCCUCUAUGAACACGUUCUUCUCUCUACGCUCGCCGUCCAUUGGCAUCAGCCCCCUCGUCGCUCAGAUCAUUUCGUGGCCCAUAGGCCAUGGCUGGACCAAAGUCAUGCCGACGAGACGCUUUGAGACCUUUGGCAUCCGCUGGAGUCUGAACCCGGGUCCCUUCAACCGAAAGGAGCACUCCAUCAUCGUUGUGAUGGCUAGUGUUUCCUUCUCAGUCGCCUAUGCUACGGACAUUAUUCUGGCCCAGCUCGUCUUUUACAAGCAGGAUUUUGGCCUCACCUUCCAGAUGCUGCUAACCAUCUCGACGCAAUCCCUGGGAUACGGCAUUGCGGGUAUUCUGAGGAAGUUUCUCGUCUAUCCCGCAUCCAUGAUCUGGCCCGGCGUUUUGGUGUCUGUGACCCUGAUGAAUGCCAUGUACGACCGCAGCGACAGACCCGACCCCUCAAUCCUCGGCGGGAGAAUGCCGCGCUACAAGUGGUUCGCGCUGGUCACUCUGGGGGCGUUCUGCUACUACUGGAUUCCCGGGUACUUUGUCAAGUGCCUGAGCGUCUUUGCGUUUGCUACUUGGAUGGCCCCCAGAAACCCCGUUGUGAAUCAGCUGUUCGGCGGCUCGACAGGUCUCUCACUGUUGCCUCUCACAUUUGACUGGACGCAGAUUUCUGGUUUCGUCGGCUCUCCUCUGAUUCCUCCUUGGGAAGCAAUCGCCAACACGAUGGUCGGCGUCAUCUUCUUCUUCAUCACCUUGUGCUCCAUCUUCCACUACACUGGCGUAUGGUACGCGCAAUAUCUGCCCAUGAGCGACUCGGGCACCUACGACAACACUGGGCAACGGUACAACACGAGCCGCAUCCUCAGGCCCGACAUGACGCUGGACGAGGAGGCCUACAAGAACUACUCGCCUCUGUUCAUCAGCACAACGUUUGCCAUGUCGUACGGCCUGUCGUUCGCCGCCAUCUCAUCUCUUAUCGUGUACACAUACCUGCACAACGGAAAGCAGAUCUGGCAGCAGUACCAAAACAGCGCCAAGGAGAAGCCUGAUGUUCACAUGAGACUGAUGAAGAAGUAUAAGGAGGCUCCAAGCUGGUGGUAUUGGUCUCUCUUCGCAGUCAUGCUUGGUCUAGGAUUUGUGGCCGUUCUAGGAUACCCUACCAUGAUGACUUGGUGGGCAUUCCUGCUGUCCGUGGCCAUUUCCUUCUUCUUCUCCGUGCCGAUCGGCAUCAUCCAAGCAGUCACGAACCACCAGAUCGGCCUCAACGUCAUGACCGAGUUUGUGUACGGAUAUAUCCAGCCCGGCCGGCCGCUGGCGUUGAUGAUUUUCAAGACGUUUGGCUACAUCACCAUGUCUCGCGCGCUCAGCUUCGUAGCCGAUCUCAAGUUUGGCCACUACAUGAAGAUCCCCCCGCGCACCAUGUUCUGGGCCCAGGUUGUGUCGACGACGAUCUCGUGCGUCAUCCAGAUCUUUGUCCUCAACGGCGCGCUUCAGCGCGUGGAGGGCGUCUGCACCCCGGAGCAGGUGGACCGCUUCACAUGCCCCGGCGCGCGAGUGUUCUUCGCAGCGUCGGUCAUCUGGGGUCUCCUGGGCCCGGCGCGCAUGUUCUCCCCCGGCCAGAUCUACUCGGGCCUCUUCAUCUUCUUCGGCGUCGGCGCCGUGGUGCCCGUCAUCAUCUACUUUGCAGGGAAGCGCUGGCCCAAGUCGCCCUUCAGCUUCCUCAUGGCGCCGCUCAUCUUUGGCGGUGCCGGCAGCAUCCCGCCAGCGACGCCGCUGAACUAUCUCAGCUGGGGCAUCGUGGGGAUGACCUUCAACUACUGGAUUCGCAAGCGCCACUUUGGAUGGUGGUCGCGGCUGAACUUCCUGACAUCAUCGGGUCUAGACCUUGGUCUGGCGCUCGCGACGCUCGUGAUCUUCUUCGCGCUAUCGAUGCAUAAGAUUGAGCCGCCCAAGUGGUGGGGCAACACUGUGUACAAGGAGACGAUGGACUUUAAGAAUGAGGCCAUUCAGGCCUUCGUAGGUGAGGGGGAGACGUUUGGUCCGCGCUCGUGGUGA